CCACUUCCCCCAUGGCGCCCCCGGGGCUGCUCCUGGGCCUGGGCCUGGCUCUGCUCGGCGCUGGGAUGGGACACGGCGCGGCCCCGCCCCCAGCGGCCCCGCCCGUCUGGUGCUUCAUGCGAUUGGAGGAGGAUGGAGAGGGCGGAGCCUGCUCGGAGCCGCUGGGGGAGGAGCAGCUCCCAUUGGCCGAUUGCUGCCUGAACCCCGCCUAUGGCUACAGGCUCCGCCCACACGGCCACUGCCACAGCUGCCGCUCGGGCGCCUGGGGCCCGUGGGAGCCCUGGAGCAGCUGCUCGGUGACGUGCGGGGAGGGGACACAGCUCAGGGGACGGAGCCGCGGCCACGGCGGGGGACAGCCCGGGGACAGCCCCGAGUGGCAGCUGCGGGCGUGUGACACGGGCUGCUGCCCCGUCGCGGGCGGGUGGAGCCCGUGGUCGCCCUGGGGGCUCUGCUCGGUCACCUGCGGGGGGGGGUCCCAGCGGCGCCACCGCAGCUGCUCCAGCCCCGCCCCCCAGUGCGGGGGCUCCUGCGGGCCCGGGGCCGGCGAGGACACGCGGGAAUGCCGGGGGGCAACGGGCGCGUGCCCCGUGGCGGGCGCGUGGGGCCCGUGGGGGCCGUGGGGUCCCUGCUCGGGCUCGUGCCGGGGGUCGGGCGCGGGGCGGAGCCGCCGCCGCCUCUGCGAUUCCCCGGAGCCAUCGCGGGACCCCCCCGGAGCCCCCUGCCCCGGCAGCGACACCCACAGCGAGCCCUGCCCGGGGCUGCCGCCCUGCCCCGUGGACGGCGCGUGGGGGGCGUGGUCUCCGGCCACGCCCUGCCCGGUCACGUGCGGCCUGGGCGGGGUCGUUCAGCGCCGCGCCUGCGACGCCCCCUCCCCAAAAUACGGGGGGAGGGGCUGUGAGGGGCCCGAGAGCCGGCGGGGGGUCUGCGGGCCCCGAGACCCCUGCCCAGUCCCGGUGCACUGGGGUCCCUGGAGCCCCUGGAGCCCCUGCCUGCGGCCCUGGGGCGACAUCAGCUGCCGCAAGGCCGUGGGGCAGCAGCGGCGCACGCGGGAAUGUGUGGGGCACAGCCCGGGGGGCGCCGCCUGCCCCACGGCACAGGGCAGCAGCAUCGAGCUGCGGGCGUGCUACAGCCUGCAGAACUGCGUCAUGCCCGGGAACUGGUCAGACUGGAGCCACUGGGGGCUCUGCACCCCCCCCUGUGGGAGCAGCCCCACCCGGAGCCGCAGCCGCGAGUGCCGGCCCGUGCUGCCCGACUACCCGUGA